AUGUUAACACAGACCGUCACACCGCCAUCCCAGCCUACCCAACCCGGUGCGACAAGUACACCCGACAUCUCCACCAUCCAAUUCCAGUACCCAUGGGAAACCACCAUCCCACCGUUCUCUGCCCCGUCAACUCUUCUCACAACAGCAAUUCCAUCGCUGAUCAUCACAGUGCCAACAUCCGACUCUUCUCCAACGCCGUCGUCUUCGUUGAGUGCGGGCGCAAUUGCCGGUAUCACUAUUGGUGCGAUCCUAGCUACCGUGUUUGGUGGCGCAGCUUUGUUCUUCUACUUGUACAGGAAGAAUGAGAAGAGGGCGAAUGAGUUUGAAAUGCAUCGUGUGAAGGGAAGGGUGGAUGGAGAGAAGGUGGAUUUGAGUCCGGGAGCUUGA